CCAACAAAUAUCCUUUAUAUAUUGUAACAAGCAAAAUAACACUAUGACUAAGAAAACUAUUAGAUGGUAUAUGAAUGAUUAUCAAUCAUUAAUAUCGGUAAAACUAUUAAGCACUUGCUAUGCUCAUCAAUAUUUUGGAAACUGGUUGUAUCACAGUAUUUGAAUUUGCUGUGAAUUAUUUAAACCUCAGUUCAGUUGUGAUAGUAACAUUCGAAUUUGCUAUCAAAAGAUCACUUGUUCAAAUCCUGGGCAUUGCAAGAUUUUUAAACCACCUUUUUCUUGAUUUUAUAAUUAUUUAAUGCUAUUCCAAUAUUUUGAUAUGUGUUGAAAUGUAAAUCAAUUGACAUUUAUGAAAAAUAUGAAAAUCAGUGAACAUGUCCCUUUAACUCAAUACAUGUAUCAAGUUUAACCCAUUUUCAGAAAAUGGUUUAUCAUAAACCUGUAAUCAGCAAGUCGAUUUGUGUACAAGAUCUUUUUGUAACUUGACUAUGGACUUGUUCUUCAGUGUGUAUUUAAAGUGGGUUGAGAGCUUAAAAAGCUUUCAUAAUUCAGCCUUUUUGUCAGUUUUAAGUUAAGUAACUUGUGCUUUCAGGUUUUGAAAACACUUAUUUUAUUUGCUUAAAGUAGUCAAAAUAAUAGUGAAUACACAACUUUUAAAUCACAGGACAGUUCAAAAUACCUUUUGAAAAUGGCAACUUCUGUAGAUUCAGUUCAUAAAAGUUCAGAUUCAGUGAAAGAUUAUUCUUGUGUUGGAUGCGUAAGUAAAAAUAUAGAAAAAAGUGCUGAUUUUUUUUGUGAAACAUGUUUCAAGUGUUUUUGCGAAAAAUGCUUUUAUCAUCAUGAUCAAGUAUUUGUAAACCAUUUGACAUAUGGAAGAAGAGAAACAAAUAAAUGGCCUCUUGAAAAGGCAAUUGAGGAUUUGCUACUGAAAUGUGAUGUCCACCCUGACAAGAAACUGAAAAUGUUCUGCCAGGACCACAGUCAGCUGUGCUGCUCUGAUUGUGUUUUACUGAAUCACAGACAGUGUACAAAUUUGGCUAAAAUUUCGGAAUCAGUCAAAAAGCUGUCUGUGGAUAUGCAGCAGUUGUCAAACAAAAUUCAAUCAAUUAUUGCUGAUAUUAAUAAGUUUAAGGUAGUUCAAGAGGGCAGCAUUCAGUCCAUUGAAGGAUUAUAUGUUGAAGAAUUUCAAAGAAUCAGAGACCAGCGUAAGAAAUUAAAUGCUGCUCUUGAUGAACUAGAAAAUACAACUUUGAAAGAACUGGAUGACAUUAGGACCACACUGCAAACCUCUCUUAAGAAAGAUGUUGACAACUGCAGCAGACUGAAGGAUGAACUGCAACAACUAAGUGAAGCUGUACAGGGCCUUUGUGAUAAGAGCAUUCAAGACAUAGAGUUCAUAGCCAGCAGGAAAUGUCUGGAUAAGAUACAAGAGUCUGAGAGAUAUCUGAAGGAGAACCCAGUGAAGGUUCAGAGUUCAAUAGUAUUCAAGGCAAACAUUGACAUUGAGCAGUACCUGUCUCAACAGUCAAGUCUUGGGAGGAUUGUAGACAGUAUGCAGUCUCUGAAACUUAAGAUUAAUCAAGACCAGGUUUUGACUGUUAAGAGGAAGUGCGAGUAUAAUGUGAAAAUAUUGAGUGACACAAGGGCCAAUUGCGUUAUCAGAGGCAUUUGCAGCCUUCCUAGUGGUCAUAUCAUUGUUGCAGAUAGCUCUAAUAAGAAAGUGAAACUGUUGGACAAGCAUUACAAUGUGUCCAGUCACUGUGAUAUGCCUAGUUCUCCAGUGGCCAUUUGCCAAAUCACAGCAAGUGAAGUGGCUGUGACUCUUGAUGAGGCCGGUGUGCAGUUUAUGUCUGUAAGCAAUGGGCAGCUGGUGAAUGGAAGGAAGUUACAGUUACCACAUGAGGCUGUUGGCAUUGCCCACCAUAAAGAAGCAUUGUAUAUCACCGAUGGCUUUGCACUCUACCACUACAACCUCACUGGGACACUUGUGAAAAGGCUUUAUGAAGAUACAGGAGGUAAAAGUUCACGAGUGUGCAAAUGUGCAUUGAGUCCUGCCGGUGACAGGAUCUAUGUCAUCAACUACGCCCAGAACAAGCUCAUCACUCUGACCAAAGAUGGCAGCCUGAUAUCCACCUUCACCGAUCCUGAACUACAAUGUCCAUGGGAUGUCCAUGUCACUCCUGAUGGACAAGUCCUUUGCUGUGCAUACAAUACUGUAUUACAGGUGGAUCACAAGGGUAAAAAGAAACUGGCAACUCUGGCUUCACAGAGAGAUGGACUUUGCAAACCAGUGUCUGUCUGCUACAACAGCAACAUUCACCAGAUCAUUGUGGGACAAUAUGCGAACAAUAAAAUCAUUGUCAUUGAAUUGCAAUAGCUCUUCAAAUCGAUGAAAACAUCAAUAUAAACACGGUUACACAUGUAAUUUCCAAUUUUUCUUUGAUUGACAUAUUUAGUAAUAUCAGUUUAUAUAUAGGUUAAGAACAGAGCAUAAUUAUACAAUUCCUUUUAUUAUUAACUUUUUAAUUAUAUAUGUUUUUAAAUGAGUUGUUUUAAUGCACCUUACAUAUUGUACCAUUAAAAACAAUCAUGUAUGACAAUUUUCUAUGUUGAUUCUGAUUAGUUUUUGUGUGUGGCUUCUUGUCAGGUAUUGUUUGUCACUAAACAAAUGUUAUAAUUAAUAUACAUAUAUUAUGUUAAGUGAAUGCAUAUAUUCUAAGUAUGUUUCAUUAUCAUAUAGCAAUUAUUUAGAGAAAACUAUGGUGUUGCUUUUUUAAAUAAAAAUUAUGGUAUUUGUGCCAUUUUUAGUUCUUUGGCUUUAGCCAAUCAAUUGUUGAACCACAAAUCAGAAACACAUCUUGCAGUCGGUUGAGUGUUUAUCAAGGGGUAAAAAUGCCUGGAUGUGGGAUGUUGGCAGACAAAAUAGAUCAGAUAUUUAAUAUAUAAUUUUUAAUUCUUAAAAUUUAUCACUUGAAACUUUUUUUGCGAAGAUUUUCUGCUAAGAAUUUUUCUAAGACAAUUCUUAGUGAAUUUUUCUAAGACCAUUUUUAGGGACAAAACGUUCUUAGACAAUAAAACAAAUUUUGUUUCGUAAAACAAUUUUAUUAUUGGCAAAAGAGAGAUAACUUUUACAAAAGGUAAUAUGUUUAGCAAAAGGUUAUAAAAGUGAGCUUGGCACAUGGUAGCGCAUACCCUUACGAAUCCAGACAACACUUGUUCAAAUAACGGCAACGUCAGUUUGUUUCUUGUUCAACUUUUUAUGUCCCCCACUAUAGUAGUGGGGGACAUAUUGUUUUUGCCCUGUUGGUCUGUUGGUCUGUCUGUCUGUUUGCGCCAACUUUAACAUUUUGCAAUAACUUUUGCUAUAUUGAAGAUAGCAACUUCAUAUUUGGCAUGCAUGUGUAUCUCAUGAAGCUGCACAUUUUGAGUGGUGAAAGGUCAAGGUCAAGGUCAUCCUUCAAGGUCAGAGGUCAAAUAUAUGUGGCCAAAAUCGCUCAUUUUAUAAAUACUUUUGCAAUAUUGAAGAUAGCAACUUGAUAUUUGGCAUGCAUGUGUAGCUCAUGGAGCUGCACAUUUUGAGUGGUGAAAGGUCAAGGUCAGAGGUCAAUUAUAUGUGGCCAAAAUCGCUCAUUUUAUGAAUACUUUUGCAAUAUUGAAGAUAGCAACUUGAUAUUUGGCAUGCAUGUGCAUCUCAUGGAGCUGCUCAUUUUGAGUGGUGAAAGAUCAAGGUCAAGGUCAUCCUUCAAGGUCAGAGGUCAAAUAUAUGUGGCCCAAAUCGCUUAUUUUAUGAAUACUUUUGCAAUAUUGAAGAUAGAAGGUGAACAUCAUCCUUCAAUGUCUAGGGUCGAAAAAACAAAGUCAAGGGAAGUAAUAAGCUUUAAAUGGACAUAGUUAUCUGACCUGCCCACGUAUAUAUUUUUGUUAAAUAAAUCAAAGUGGCGCAGUAGGCGGCAUUGUGUUUCUGACAAACACAUUGUGGUAAAAGGUCACGGUCAGGGUCAUCCUUAUCGGUCUACGGUAAAAAAUACAGAUUUAAGGGAAGUAAUAAGCUUUAAAAAGGGAGAAAAAUUUUAAAUAUUGAACAUAGCCACUUUAUAUAUUUGGCAUGCAUGUGUAUCUCAUGGAGCUGCACAUUUUGAGUGGGGAAUCUACAGUCACGGUAGUGGCUUUUAAUUAUUUGCUACUAAAAAUAGAGAUUUGUUACAGAAAAUUAUUUUCAAGGGAAGUAAUUUAUAUAAUUAUAAAUCUCAUAUAUUUCCUUACCAAGAAUUGAAGUUCUUUUCACAGUUACUGUACAGAUUUAUUAUUUUGAUUAUUUAUAACCCAAAUGAUUGAUUUUUCAAAGUUUUUUUUAAAUGAUAUAAUUAUAAUUUCUUUGAUGUUAAUUACAUACCUGUGGUCUUAUGUCCAUAGAUACAUGAUCAACUCUGACUAUGAUCUCUUUUAAACCACAGGCCUUGGUUGUCAGUGAUGUCUGACAUGGUCAUAAUUGACCGUGAGACCCCCCCCCCCCCCCCCCCCCCCUACACCCCCCCGGUUGGAUUGGACAAAAUCCAAGGGAAGUAAUAACCUUUAAAGGGAGAUGAUUUCUAUACCUGCCAAAUGAUAAAUAGAAAUUCUAUUUCAAUGCGGCGCAGUAGGGGGCAUUGUGUUUCUGACAAACACAUCUCUUGUUUGGUUAUCAAUUUUUGGUCGGGAAAAGUUUGUAAUUCUAACAUAUUUUUUGUUGCAAAAUUUCUUGUUCUCAAAGAAACCACAAUGUUUUACUAUAGCUACAACUUUAAUACAAUUUGUCAUAAGUGCUGUUUCAUACCAUUGUAAAAUAUUGGCAUUUCUGUCGAGACUAAUGUUGCAAUUGAUAUAAUUAUGUACCAGUAAUAAGAACAAAUGUGCUUGAUCAAAUAAUAUGAAAUUAUUGUUAAAGGGACCUUUUCACAGAUUUUGGCAUGUUUUGAAGUUUGUCAUUAAAUGCUUUAAAUUGAUAAAUGUAAACAUUUUAUACUUUAUAUACGCAAUGCUUGUAGUGUCACAAAAUAUAACAACAGAACUCUUCAAAUUAUCCAAUCAUUUUGUGUUUUAAAUGCUUAAUAAUUUUCAGGCUUUAAAUCAUGAAAAGAUGCAUAUAAUGGAUGGUAAAUGUUCAGUAUUGCUGUCUCCUGGCAAAUAUCAUAACAACAACGAAAGUUUGCAAAUCUGAUUUUUUUUCAAUUUUGUCAAUUUACCGAAACGUGAAAAGGUCCCUUUAAAGCAUUUACAUUCCAAAUACUUGAUUUGUUUCUGUAUGUUGUCUUUAUAUUGGAUGGACAAAAAAAAAUUACAACCGGUACUAUAAUCUGACUGUGAUAAAUUAUUGUUUAAUGAAUAACAUGUUGUUUUUUAUUUUAAAUGUACUGACAUGUGUUUUAAAAUGCAAUUUAUGUAAUGGUGCAAGUUUAUCGUGUGUAAGAAAAUUCGUGUCUCUGCCAUUGCUUUGCCAUAUAUUCUAUUUACAUAUUCUCAAACAUAUUCAUUUUUAAAAGACUUUUGCUGUCAUAUUGAAUUACUAUUAGUUAAGUAUAUGAAUUUCGAAUAAAAAUUAAAGAAAGUUUAUGCAUUCAUAAAAAAAUGUUUUUCCUAAGCAACAACAAAUGAUAAGAAAAUAUGUACGAGGUCAAAGAAUUAAACUUUUAGUUUAGUAAGAACAAACCCAACUUGUUGCGAAUCUUAUUUCAAGACCUGCAUUAUAAGUAAAUACUUUUAAUUAUAUCACAUUUUUCUAUCUUUAUAUGGCUGAUUUAAAAAUAUAAAACUGUUGUACAUCAAAACCAUCUUGUAUGGAUUUUAAAAAAAGAUUCGCAUUCAUUUUAAUUGCUUUAUUUUUUACUAAAAUUGGUUAGCUUGUAUGCUUAUAUAUGUAAAUUAUUUGAAUAUUUCUUUAUUUCCCUUACAAUUCUACAACGAAGCCUCAGAAUACUUGAGUGAUAUUAUGGUCAUUUUUUACUGUUGAAUUGAGCUUAAAAGAAUUAUCAGGUCAAAAGAGUAAGUUAAAAUGUGGUAACUGACCAAUUAUCUGCAAACAUAUUGCUACCAGUUGUUUAUAAAAAAUAUAUAUUAUAUUCGAUAUUUUACAUGACUGGAUAGUCCUCUCAGCCGAAAUGAUCCGUAAAAAAAAAUAGUGUCUUUGUGUCGUAUGAACGAAUCUGCACUAAAACGAAAUUUAAAUUCACAUAGUAAAUCGAAUCAUUUCUGUCGUCAGUUAUCAAAACGAAAAUACAUUAUUUUUCUCUUUCCGGGAUAUUGUUUUAGUAUGUUGAUGCUGCAUUAACAAAUAUAAGUUUAUAUGAAGUGAAAACACCAAAAUAUAAACAACGGUUGCGAUAGACACCUAUAAACUGUUAGAUGCCUAUAAUAUCACUUUAAACAGGAUUAAGUUUGAAAGGCUUCAUUUCCAACCCUAAGUUACUGAUGAGCAGCAAACAGCAUAUAACCUGAACAGACUGCGAGUUACUCGCAGGCUGUUCUAGUUUUAUGCUGGUUCCUUUUUCACUUUGUUUUGUAUGGGGGAAAGGGAUAUAUUCUGUCAUUUAUUCUGCAAAAAAAACCUGUACUUGUUAAAAAAACAUUCUGCAUAAGGAUGCAGUUUAUAAAGAUUGCAUAAUAUAUGUAAUUGAUUUGUUCUUGCCAAAAUGUUAUCUUCCAACAUUUGAACCAUAUCUUACAUGAAUAUAUGAGUCUUCCAUGUCAUAGAAUAUUGUGUUAUAUUUUAUGUACUUGCAUCUUACAGCCAAUUAAAAUCUUUUUAAAGCUUGA